AUAAGUGCAGUUUAGCAGGAGUCUACACCCCUUUCUUUCUCUUUUCCUCACGUCAUCAACCAGCAGGACUGCUUUUCCUGCGUACAACUGGGCCGCCUCUAGCCUAACUCAGAUCUUCCGGCCAUCAGGAGGAGACAAGUUUCGAUUGGAUCCGCUGAUCUUAGUAGAGGCAGAUGUGUUUUGGGCUUAAGAUCUAUAGGAAUUCUUGUUUCAUGAUUGACGUGCCGGCAAGCUUCUAUACGAACUUGGUCCGUCGUACAUCCAUGAGGUUAAAUAUACCUGUACAAAAAUUUGAGUAGCCUGAAGUCAGAUUUUUUUUACUUUAAGAUGUUAUCAUAUAUUUGUAGAUUCUCGUUUCAUGGUUGACGUGCCGGCAAGCUUCUAUACGAACUUGGAAGGAAGAAUUGAAUUGUUGAUCGAGUAACUGAGAACGGACGACCAUCCUGAAAUUUCAGAUGGCGCAUGGUCAACCUUCGGUUUCCUCUUAUCAGUUGACCCUAUCCGAAUUAGCUAAACAACAGUUGUGUGAACCAGCAACUCAUGAAUUGGCUAACCCGGUACUUGUCCAUUCAACAUUACCACGGGGAACUUUGGAUUCUUCCCUCCGUGGAUGGCACUCUGAGCAUUCGUUUCACGCCUUGUGUUUCCAUCCAAUGUCACCCAUUCCUAGAGCUGAUCUAGACUUCACUUUAGGGACCAGGAUAGUAUCACAAAAAUUGGGCUGGGAGUAUCAUGAAAUCCAGUAUGUCAAACGUCCAAAGGGUUAUACUCAAUGGGGUGUUGAGGUCUUAAACAAUCAUUAUUUUAAUCGGCAAGGGGGCGAAGAAAAUACGGACUAUAUUCGUGGCGCCAUUUAUUGUUCCCUUUGCAAUUAUUCUGUCAGCCCCUCUUUGCUCCGCUCUUUACUAGAGAGGUGGAGUCCUCAAACCAAUACUUUCAUGCUCUCGUGUGGCGAACGCACCAUCACUUUGCUUGAUAUGUUGCUUAUGGCUGGGCUGCCUAUAGUAGGCGAACCCUACGAAGAAUAUAUCCCGUCACUCACUAAGCUAAAUCCUUCAUUACUCUUGUACCCAAACUUUUUAUUUGAUCUUUUGGAUGCGUGGGAGGUUCUUUCCGCCGAAAGCAGCAUAAAGAAAAAUUUGUUACUUUCCAGGCUUGGUGUGAUUAUUUCCACAACAAGCGGGCUGAUUUUUUGCCAUCCACCAGUCUUCGUAAAAGUCGUAUGUAUGUCGCAGCUUUUGUCGCGCUUUGGCUUUGCUGCUUUGUGGUCGUUGGUGAAGGGCCGUUUAUUCGCCCUAGCAUCCUUGUCAUGGCGUCUUGGAUUGCUUUAGGGCGGAAGAUAUCGUUGGCACCCCCUGCGCUUUCCUCCCUAUAUCUUGCUCUUCGUCGUAUCAGCACAAAUCCUGUUGGGCCUUCCUUUGAACAGACACCUCUGUCUAUCCACUAUAUUAUUGGAUGGAUGCAUCUUUAUCUGAAGAAAGCUUUUGAGGCCAAAGGCAAAGGGGACAAACUUCCUUCUCCGAAGAGAUUUCCUAUGCAACUGGCUAUGCUAAGCACCAUGUUCCGACCAGCCAAGGUCUUUUCCCCGGAGACGGCGCAUGAGUUUUUGGAAAACCAUAAUAAUAUCAUAUGGUGCCCUUAUUCCUCACGCAACUGACAGGGGUCGAUCAACUACAAAGGUCCUUUGCCAUUUCUAUUCGCCGGGGAAUGCUUCCUUGGAGGUUCUCAGCAGAGUCCACCGACCUAUGUGCAGCCGAACCCUAUCACCCAGAUCGCGUAGCUCGUCAGUUCAAGCUAGAUCAACAGGUUCCAUACAACCCAUUGCAAUCACUAUUAACUGAAGCUGAUGUUGGUGUUGCGUAUGCGUACUGGUCACAUUUACUGCACCCAGUCCAAGAGGAUAUCCAGCAUGCCCUUGGCACUAAUUAUGUAGGUACUGCUUCUCUGGCUUGGACCAACUGGUGGAGGAAAUUUGCACAUCCACACUCUACAAUCUUGAAUAGCCUCAAGUCUGGCAAUAUGUGUGGCAAAAUCCCGUACGAUGAGAGGAAAAGCAUGUGUGCGAAAAGGGGAAAAAAGUUUUACCCCACACAUACUCUUUCAGAGGAUGAUCUCUUUAUCAUAAAGGAAGUAUUAGUAAGCCAUCAAAAGGCCUAUAUUGAAAAAAUCGAGGCACAGGAGAAGGCUUUUGCAUAUCAUUGGAAUCCAAUUUUACAUGCUUUUCUUUCGGAUGAUGAACCUUCUAUGGAACCCCGACGUAAGCGAAAGAAAAUGGAUAUUGUUGAUUGUCCUUCUCGUGAUUCUUCACUUCACGAGCUCGGGGAAGAUGAUGCCCUCGUCUCUACAGGUGAAGAUGUGAGGCCUUUCACUAAAAGGAAGGUGGAUACUCUAAACGAAGAGGAUGAUUCCAUUCCCAUUAGAUUGGAUGGACCUAUCCACAUAUCUGACCUUGGUAGUGUGGAUCUCGAUGGCAUACUUAGUGGAGAGGUUGAUCAUGGUCUAGGUGAUCUAGAUAAUUUAAAUGUGGAUGAUUAUGGUGUAUCAAGCUCAGGUCUUGAUCCUCCCCUUGUUUCACAAAGUUUGGACUCAAACUUGUCCCCGAGCGCUGAUGUUUUAAACAUUUUGUCUACUUCUGAACAGGGUGGUACAGAAGGAGCUUCUAAUCUUGUUAGUGGCGAAGGAACAAUGACACAUAUUUCAGCGCCACCCGUGGAUAUUUCUGCCAUUACCAAGCCAAUUCUGGAUACCAUCGAUUUGGUGUUGAAGAAUGCUUUUGAAGCCUUAGAUACCCCUACAUUAACUGAUUCUGAACGUCGUGAGAUUUUCCAGGCAGUUCGAUCAGUGCUUCCGGUUGGUGAUACUGCUCCUCAGAUUGCCGCUGUCCGCACAGGUUGGGAAAAAUUUGUUUCGAUCUCAGAUGCAGUGCAGGAAGCCCGCAAAACAGUUGAGGAUCAGUCAAAGCAAAAGUCUGAAUUUGUUACUACAGCAGAGAGCAAGGCUGAAUCAAUUGAAGCGUCUUUGAAAACCUCAGCAGCAGAGAUGUCUUCUGUGCUGGAGAAACAUGCUGAGAAGAAGGAGCGUGUGGAGGCCCUCUCCGCUCAACUGCAAGAAGCUAAUGCCGAGUUGCUUACAGCUGGAGAGAGGGUCAAGCAACUGGAGUCGGACCGUUCCGCCAAGCAGGCUGAAGCCAAGAAGCUGCAUGGAGAUUUGCUCGAGGCUAAUGCGAAAGCUUCAGAGGAACUGGAGGCUCUUAAAGGGAAUAUAUCAACGCUGGAGAAUGAAGCCGAGUCUAUUAUCGGAAGUCUGAAGGACUGGCACUCCAAGUCCAACUGAGUUUUUUUUGCUCCUAAUAAAUUAGACAUGUUGUCUAUUUACAUUUUCUACUCAGACUUACAUAAGGCGGCCAAUCGGUACACCCAUUUUCUCGUGUUUUCCCACACACCAGUAGCACCAUUCGCGUAUACUUGCGUGCGAUUUAUUCAUGUGUACUGAAGGACUAUGCAAUGCUAUUCGUACA